AUGCAAAGUAAAAUGAUACUUUUGGUGGCAUUCCUAGCCGCCAUUGUUAUUUGUGAAGAUCUUUACGAUUCAAAUUCACCAGUAAAUCUGUUGAACAGGAAGAACUUUGACAAGAGAGUGACUAAUAAUAGGAAGAAAGGAAUAACCAUUGUCCACUUCUAUAGCGCAGACGACGCUCAUUCAGCAGCUAUUAAGGAUGAAUACGAAAGUUUCACUAAGGACAACAUGGGUAUGUAUAACCUCGGGGCUAUUAAUUGUGAUGAUAACUAUGAUAUCUGUGAGAAGGAAGGGGUUACUGAAUUCCCAGUAUUCAGGAUUUAUCCUCAGUUCCCACUCCAGACUCAAGAUUUGAAAGAUGAUAAUUUCAAUAUGAAGAGGCUAAAGAAGAGAGCUUCUAAAUUUAUCCAAGACAAGGUCAUUGAGAUCACAGCUGUUAAUCAUGAUACAUUCAUCAAGGACAACCCAGGGAAGGCAAAGGUGCUUUUAUUCACAGAUAAGAAGGGAGUUCCCACCAUCUACAAGGCUUUGUCUUAUAAUUUCGAGAAAACUCUGUUCUUUGGUAUCGUAAGGCCUGAGGAAACAAAUCUGGUUAAGAAGUAUAAAGCGAAGAAUUACCCAUCCAUUUAUCUAGUUCAGCCAGGAAAGAAACCCCUUAAGUUUAACGAUGACAUGAAUUAUUACAGUAUUGCUAACUUUAUCAAUAUCCAUUCUGAGAUUUUUGAUUUUGGAGAUGCUCCAGAAGCGGAACUCAAGAGUGCAGCCAGCAAGCCAUGGAUGAGCGAAAAAUUGCCCCAGUUGUCACAGCAGAGUGCUAAAGAUAUCUGCUUUGGAAAAAAGGGACUCUGAGUGAUUCUGCUUGCUAAUGAGAGCCCUUCAGAUAUCCUCAUCAACGAUAUAUCUUUAGUAAGAGAAAAAUUUAAAAGCAAUAUUGAGGGAAGAGGUCCAGAAUUUUCUUUUAUGUGGCUAGACGUCACUUUGCAUCCUGAGUGGGCUAGCACAUUUGGAGUUGAUCAAUUCCCUCAGGUUGUUGUACUCAAAAACGCAUCGAAAAAGAAGUUCUCUCUCCACACAGAAGAGCUCGUUACUGAGUCUAGUCUCUCUUCAUUAUUAGAGAAUAUCAGCAGUGGGAAUGGAAGAUUUAAGAGAGUACCAGGAAAUGAAGUUCCAGAAUUAAAAAAGCUAGAUAGUUAG